UAUUUCUAAAAAGAAGAAGAAUCUAUUCCUACGUUUAUUCGAGUAUAUAAUCCAUAAUCUUAGAUAUAAUCUUAGUGUUUAUUUCACUAGAUUUUAAUUAACAUCGAUUAUUCGUUCAAAUAACAAUAAUCUAUUAUUAAUUUCAUAUAAUCCAAACACAAUGGAUGUGGAGCAACAAGUUAUCAAAGACGAAAUCGACAUUCAAAAUGAUGUUUUUUGUAAUAUGGAUAUUAAACAAGAAUUUAGUGACGAUGUUGAUGAAGCCGCUUUUCAAAAUAUGAAGACUAAUAUUGAUAUAAUUAAACAAGAAUUACAUGACGAAUUAAACGAAGCUGAAAUAUGUGGAGAAUCUAUAGUUUCAAUUGUACCCAAAACAAAGAGAGUUAGCUCUCUUAAGGUUAAUAUACCCAACAUUCGAAACCAAUUUAAAUACUCUGGAAUACGAAAUAAAGCAAAAGGACUUAUUAAAAAUGGACAACACCUAAAUUCAGAUUAUAUUGUUGGGAUUAUAAUCUGUAAAUUAUGCGGAAAUUUAUUCAUAGAAUUGAGAGAAUUUGUUUGCCAUUUCUAUACAAAUCAUUAUGUAAAUAAGAAAAAAUCACACUGUAAAAUGGAGUUGCACCAGAAAAAUCUAUGUUAUAGAAGAAUGCAAGUAACUAACUCUGCCAUUGCGAGAACUCUUGAUGAAGAUGUUAAAAAUGAAAUUGAAAUAGUUGAACAUGAUUUGAAAGAGGAGAAAGACACCAGUUUCACUGAUAAUUUCAAGUUGAGCUUAGAUGAUAGUGAGAAAUUGGAGAAAAGCGAAGGACGUUUGCUUGCUCAUACAAAAGAAAAGCUAUUUAAAUGUAAUAUUUGUUUCAAGACUUUCCAAAAAAAAACUCAAUUGAAUUCACACUCACAUAGUCACAUAGGUGAAAAAACAUUGAAGUGUCACAGUUGCUUGGAAUCUUAUCCGUGGAAAACUAAUUUAAUUAAUCAUGUGUGUAUCCACCCAAGAGAUAAAACAUAUAAGUGUAACAUUUGCUUAAAAAAAUAUUCAGGGAAACAUUUAUUAAAUGUGCAUUUGCUUACUCACAAAGUACUGAAGCCAUUCAAAUGUGACAUUUGCACAAAAAGUUUUACACAUAAAAGUAAUUUGAAUGAACAUUUGCGUUGCCACACUGGAGAAAAACCAUUCAAAUGCGACACCUGCUUGGAAUCUUUUUCAUGGAAAUCUAAUUUAAAUAACCAUAUGCGUAUCCACACAGGAGAAAAGCCAUUCAAAUGUGACAUUUGUUUAAAAAAAUUUUCAUGGAAACAUUUAUUAAAUGUGCACUUGCUUAGUCACACAGGACUAAAGCCUUUCAAAUGUGACGUUUGCUCAAAAAGUUUUACACAGAAAAGUAAUUUGAAGGAACAUUUACGUUGUCACAGUGGAGAAAAACCAUUCAAAUGCGACAUUUGCCUGGAAUCUUUUUCAUGGAAAUCUAAUUUAAAUAACCAUAUGCGUAUCCACACAGGAGAAAAACCAUUCAAAUGUGACAUUUGCUUAAAAAAGUAUUCACGGAAAAAUUUAUUAAAUGUGCAUUUGCUUAGUCACACAGGUCUAAAGCCAUUUAAAUGUGACGUUUGCUCAAAAAGUUUUACACAGAAAAGUAAUUUGAAGGAACAUUUACGUUGUCACACCGGAGAAAAGCCAUUCAAAUGCGACACUUGCUUGGAAUCUUUUUCAUGGAAAUCUAAUUUAAAUAACCAUAUGCGUAUUCACACAGGAGAAAAACCAUAUAAAUGUGACAUUUGUUUUAAAAAAUAUUCGAGGAAAAAUUUAUUAAAUGUACAUUUACGUUGCCACACUGGAGAAUAACCAUUCAAAUGCGACAUUUGUUUGAAAUCUUGCACGGAAAAUUAGUUUAAUUACACAUCUGUGCAUCCACAUAGGAGGAAAACCAUAUGAAUGUAAUAUUUGUUUAAAGAAUUUCACAAGGAAAAAUCAAUUGAAUAUUCAUUUGCGUAGUUACACAAAUGAAAAUACAUUCAAAUGUGACAUUUGUUUGAAAAGUCUCAAUUGAAUUCACACUCACAUAUUUACACUGGAGAAAACAGUUCAAAUGUGACACUCUUUUCCAUGGCAAAAUAAAUUAACUAUGUGCUUAUCCACACAGGAGAAAAGCCAUAUAAAGAUAACAUUUGUUAGAAAAAAAUUCUCAGCUUAGAAGUGAAGCAAUUGGUUGCAGUAUUGUAAUAAAUUAAGUCUACCUCUCGCAGCAGUGAAAGUAUAAUGGUUUAUUUUUUUAUUUAUUAUAAGACUUUAAAUAGUUACAGUACAGUGAAAAUGGAUCUUAAUGAAGAGCAAAUGCUUCUUCUUAAUCUUCUGUAUAGUGUAGAAAGACAGGAAAGGCGAGAAGAAGAGACAAUAGGGAAUAUACAUGUAUUUUUUUACAUAGCUGUAACUCUGUAAAAUAAAUAUAUUCUGUCAAAAAAA